GGUUCGGCCGCGGCGCCGCCACCACAGCAGCAGCAGCAGGAGCAGCAGGGAGGCGACGACGGGAGCGGAGCGGCGAGCUCCCCGGGCAGCCCCUGUGUCCAUCGGCAGCACCCAGGAGCCGGGGAGAGCGGGCGUCACCGCCCCCACCCCCCUCCCCUGACCUCCCCACCACCCUCCUCCCUCCGACACCAGCCUCUGAACCGGCAAAAACAAAACAAUAAUAAAAGGGGCGGAAUGGCGGCAAAUAUGUACAGGGUCGGAGACUAUGUUUACUUUGAAAAUUCUUCCAGUAAUCCUUACUUAAUAAGAAGAAUAGAAGAACUCAAUAAGGUAUUUUAAAUGUACUGCAAGCGGUAACGUGGAAGCGAAAGUGGUCUGCUUCUAUCGGCGCCGGGACAUUUCAAACAGUCUAAUAGUACUUGCGGAUAAACAUGCAAAGGAAAUGGAAGAAGAACUGGAGACUACAAGUAUUUUAGACUUGACGGAAAAACAAAGACAUCAGCUUAAACACCGGGAGAUAUUUCUAUCACGCCAAUACGAGUCACUUCCUGCCACUCAUAUCAGGGGCAAAUGCGGUGUUUCACUUUUGAACGAAACAGAGUCAGUGGCCUGCUAUUUGGAAAAGGAGGAUAGUUUUUUCUACUCCUUGGUGUAUGAUCCUUCACAGAAGACACUCCUAGCAGACAAAGGGGAAAUACGUGUAGGCACUCGAUACCAAGCAGAUAUUUCAGACAUGCUAAAUGAAGGUGAAUCAGAUUCCAGAGAUCAAUCGAAGAUGGAGGUUAAGGUUUGGGAUCCUGACAACCCAUUGAAUGAUCGACAAAUAGAUCAGUUCCUGGUAGUUGCACGUGCUGUGGGUACAUUUGCUAGAGCUCUGGAUUGUAGCAGUUCUGUCAGGCAGCCCAGUUUACAUAUGAGUGCAGCAGCUGCUUCAAGGGACAUUACUCUGUUCCACGCAAUGGACACUUUACACAAGCACAACUAUGACUUGACAAAUGCAAUCAGCAUCUUAGUACCACAGGGUGGUCCUGUUCUGUGCAGAGAUGAAAUGGAAGAAUGGUCAGCGUCUGAAGCUAGCCUGUUUGAAGAGGCAUUGGAAAAGUAUGGCAAGGAUUUCAAUGACAUCCGACAAGACUUUUUGCCAUGGAAAUCACUGACCAGUAUCAUAGAAUACUAUUAUAUGUGGAAAACAACAGAUAGAUAUGUGCAACAGAAACGCCUCAAGGCAGCUGAGGCAGAGAGCAAACUGAAACAGGUGUACAUUCCAACAUACAAUAAACCUAAUCCGAAUCAGAUAUCAAGUGUUAAUGGAAAGCCUGCUGUGGUGAAUGGUCCAGUUGGAGGGAUGGUUUAUCAAAACCAGAACUCAAGUUUAGGCCGACCAUGUGAGAGUUGUUACACCACGCAGUCUCAACAGUGGUUUUCCUGGGGACCUCCUAAUAUGCAAUGUAGACUUUGUGCUUCAUGUUGGACAUACUGGAAGAAGUAUGGUGGUCUAAAGAUGCCUACUCGAACAGAAGCAGAAAAAAUGUCACCACCACAUGACGUUUCGGAACCACGUUUAAGAGGCAUCUUUCGUCAUGGUCAACCAGGGCAUGGUGUGCCAAUGCAUAUCGAUAGUCCAAAGUCUACUUUGAAGACACGCCAGUCUUUCUUUCUGCAGACAACGCGUCUUACAAAACUUGCCAGACAUGUCUGCAGAGGUAUUUUGCAGCUGAAACAGGCAGCAAGGAGACCAUUUGUUCCAAUUAACUGUGCUGCCAUUAAGGCAGAAUGUGCUGCUAGAUUUCCAGAUGCAAUGAAAAGACCACUGAAUAUCAAAGCACCUUUGAGGAAGCCUCUGGCAAGUGUUAUCAAAUAUCUAGAAGUGCAUCCUGCUGUAAAGCCAAAGGUGUUCAGAACUGUACCAAGCAUCACUUCCGGGAACUCCAGUCAAGCGUCAAAACGACUAUUUACGAUUCAAAACCAUGGCUCUCCAACGAUUCUAGGAAAGCGAAGCUACAGCCAGCACAAUGGUGUGGAUGGGAGUGUGAAAAAGCGACUUUUGACAUCUUAUAGGGAUGUUGCAAGUCAUACACAAGGACCAUUAAUAAAGGCUGACCAUUUCCCAUAUUUGGCUAAUGGAAAAGGAAUGUCAACUGGAAUCAACAUAAUCCAGCCUGGUACUAUUCCAGUGAUUAAGAGACAACGGCCAAACUGGAUUGAUGCACCUGAUGAUGGCUUUUUUAAGGUUACUGAGAAAACAAGAUGGAUGCAGAGUUCCAGUUUCCCCACAGUCAGGAAGAAGAUUCGGAAACUUCUGUCACCUUCUGAGAUGAGGAGAGCUUCUAGGAGACCUUGCCUCCCACUUACCAUGCCAUCUCCUCAACCCUCUUUUACUUCUAAUCAAUGCAAGCAAUCCAGCACUGCAGAAGCGAUCGUCAUUACGGACUGAGAACAUGAAAUUAGUGGAUUUAGUCAGUCAAGGUUAUCAGGAAUAGAGCACUGAAGCUAUAGAUCUAUCUAUCAGGCCUUUACAACGUUGUCACUUGUUGGUGUUGAGAAGAUUAAGGAAAUAGUAUCAAUAUUUUGAUGGCAAUGUUGUUUUGCCACUCUCUCCAGCAGACAAAUAUUCUUAUUGUUACAUUUAUAUUAUUUUCUAGUGCUAUCAGAACAAUGGUGAGACAUUUUGCUGUCUUGUAUAUUUUAUUUGUGCAUUAGAUUGAUUAUACAAGUAGCACUGAAGUACUUUAAUAUGUUUGUUAAUAUGCUUUUUAGAAGUACUUACCAGUGUAUAUAUAGAUCAGGGAUGUCCAAACUUGGCUCAAGGCUUUUAAGCCCAAACAAUCUAACCCUCCUCCUGUUUAUAUUUCUUAGUUGCUGGUUUGCCCUUUUUGAAUUUAUGGGGCUUGAGGUUUGAAAAGGGCUGUCUUAAUAUUAUUCCCUCAUUGAUGGAAGAUCCUAAACCAUAUUUUGGUAUCAACAACUGCAGGCAGAUACAAAUUUCUGAGUUCAUGAAUAUAAACUUAUAUAUCCAGAGCCCAGUAGAUAUCUAUGCAGUCUACACAGAUAAAACCUUAAGCAGAAACAAUUCAGGCCUUAUCCUUGUUUACAAUUAAUUGAGGCAUGAAACCCAAAGUAUGUGUAUAUAGGUCCCUCUCAAUCAUCUUUUAGCAUCAAGAAAGAAAGCCCCAAGGAAGAAAGGCUUCAAAGUGACUCUGCCUGCUGCAUAUUGCAGUGUUAUUCCCGAUGAGACAGAAAAACACAGCAUUUUGUGCUUCACUAUAGCACAAAUGACAGUUAAGCUAAUUAAGUAAUAUAUUGGGAAACAGCUGGUUUGUAAUUAGCAUCUGUUCUAUGGUUUAUCUGAUUAACCUGUGAGCACUGGUGAUUAUUGAGAUUAUAGCUGGAGCUGUAGUUAUGGUUUAGUCCAUGUGCAUGGACUUCAGCAGCCAAAUAUUAAAAUUUGGGGAAAAAUGACAAAUGGAGAAACCUAAUAACACUCAUAUCCAGUGACUAAUGGUAAAAUGGAGUUUGUGGCUGUGGUUUCAGGCACACUUUUGUAUAUUUUUCAAAAAAAGUCUAGAAGGAACUAUAAUCAGAUCUAAUAUUGCACCCGGAAUACCAGAUACACAAGCUGAAAUUCAGUGAAAUAUUUAUUGUUAACAGUGUGUAUGAAGAUUUUACCUCCUUGACUCUUGGUCCAUGCCCACAUCAGACCUGAGCAGCUUAUACCAGUAUUCAUUUGAUAAGAGCGAUGGUGAGAAGAUUCUGUAUUGUCUAGCAGUUAGAAGUUCAACAAUACAAAACACCUUCAGUCCUGCUUGAGCAAUACAUGGAUGAUCAGACUUUCAUAUCGCCAGCUAGAUGAUGCUACAGAGAAGCAUAACUUUCUUCAGUGUGGAGUUGUUUCACAGAAUCACUAUGUAAUUUUUAAUGCAGGUAAACCUCAAAAUUCAUACUUUAAUAAUCUAGUUUAAAGCGAUGGUAAGUUUGCAUCAUAUUAACAACAACUGAACAUUAAUAUAUGUUCAGUCUUAAUUGCAUUUCUUUUUCAUUACUUAAAAAGUAAUCCAGAUAAUUAUUAUUAUGUUCAAUAAUGCAUUGUAAUAUCAGAUAGUGAUUGACAGAGAAACUUUGAUAGUUGGUUACCAGAAUUCCAACAAACCAGCAUGUUUGUAACUCUUUGUUUAUUUUUUAAUUGUGAAUGAUGACCUAUUUUUCUACCACCCCACCCCCCACACACAAGAAACUAAAGAAGAAACAGACAAAGUCAUUCAGUCUUCCUGUAGCCCUCAAUAAUUGCAUGCUGUUCAGACAAAAUUCUAUAAUUGCUGUAUCAUUAUGGUUUCUGCUACUCUGUUCAAUUGUUUUGUUAAAUCAUUCUUUUACAGUUUUCAACAAUUAAUUGCACUCUGUCUUUUUGAGAACUGUUUGUUGCUGUUAACACAGUGGGACAUGUUUAUAGAUAGUCAACUGGGAGCAUCUCAUUGGAACUCCUCAAGUUUUUAAUUUAAAUAAUUGAGGCUUAACUGAUUGAAACUUGAAAUGCUGAAUUUUAAAACAUUGUGAUCAGGUACCUGGACCUUCCAUUAUUAAAGGAGGAGCUACUUAUUACAAUCAUGACAUGAUAGAGUAACCCAAAAAACAUGUGUCUAUAGAAUUCAUUUUAUGUUUUAAAGAAAACUCAUCCAUUGGUUCUUACUUGAGCAGUGUGGCUUU